AUGCGAUGGGGAGAGACGAUUUAGUGUAAAUUGAAAAGUGCGAGAGAAAGGUCGUCCCCCGUACAACAAUGGCUGAAAUUGCAGAGCAAAUUCCUCAUCUACCAAGUUCGUCUGUUAAUGUUAUCGGAGAAAGUUCCGAAUGUGACGAACCGAUGAAGAAAAAACCAAGGCUAGAGAAACCACCAGAACUCGAGGAAGAAAAUCUGGAAGAUAGACUGAACGAAAUUUUGUGUUGCACCGUCUGUUUGGAUCUGCCAACAUUCACAAUAUAUCAGUGUAACAAUGGACAUUUGAUGUGUGCUGGUUGCUUCACCCAUCUGCUAGCAGACUCAAGACUAAAAGACGAGCAGCCAACAUGUCCCAACUGCCGUUGCGAGAUCAGCAAAAACCUCUGCAGCCGUAACUUGGCUGUGGAGAAGGCCGUCAGUGAGCUUCCAGCCAGCUGCCGAUACUGCACGCGUAAGCUUCCACGAUACUUGCUGGACCAGCACGAAAGACAAGGCUGUACAGAAAGGGUAACUAAGUGUAAGUACUAUCAGAUUGGUUGUUCCUGGCAAGGACCGCACCAUGGUUUGGAGGGGCAUGAAGAGGGGUGUGUCUAUCCCAAUAAGACUGGCAGUGAGGUACUGGAGGCCAUCCAACAGAAGGAAUCUGGGAGGGAUGAGGAUACAAAGGUCCUGAGGAAUGUUGUCAAGCUCUUGUCCUAUGAGAAGAUCACUUUCAAUGAUUUGCAGUUGAGGCCAUACCGUACAGAUGAUUUCAUCACCAAGCUGUACUACGAAACGAGUCGUUUCUCUGCCCUCAACCAGCAAUGGGUAGUCAAAGCCAGGGUUAACGAUGACGAGAGGAAUCCAUCUCAUACACUAGAGCGUCGUAUCGCUUUCCAACUCUCUCUUAAGAGCCGCAUCACCUCCAACCUUGUCAUGCAGUUUAUGAUCCUCAAUGGGCCUUUCAGUGAUGCUAAGAUUGAGCCGCAUGUAUAUCGCUUUGAAUUCACCCCAGAGAAGACGGAUAGUCCGUACAAUAACAUCCCCCUUAUUGACUCGGCAGAAUGCAACAAAAUCCUGGCAUCCAAGACUAUCAACGUCAGAGUUAUCAUGUUCCAAAUACCAAAAUAAAGAGCGGACAGGACCAACAACUAAAAUCACAAAAAAAUUCAUCUUUGAGAAAUGCUUGCUAGAGAGCAUGAUUUGCACAAAGUUAUCAUUCACAGUAGAAACAACCAUCUUAAAUAGAUCCCCCCUUUCAAAAGAGAAAUUGAAUUAUUUUCCUCAUGAAAUAAGAUGUGUACAUGAAAUAUCAAGUAGUGCCUGCUAAUAAAAAAUGUUGCAAGAUAAAAAAAAAUUAUGCAAGAGAGAAUCACAAGCUAAAGUAAAUAAAAAAGAAAUUAUUCCUACCACAAAAAUGUAUGAUCAUUUUUCCAUAGAUUUUACAAUAACCCGACAUGAAAUCACAUCGUAAAUAACUAUUCCUCUAAGCAUUCAUGGCAAACUUUUAUGUGUUGGUUCUGGCUCUAAUGUGUAAUAAAACGCAAAUGGACUUGUACAUAGACUGUAUAUUAUACUGCACUGUGCUGGCAUGAUGUAAAUACAUUAUACAGGUGAGGAGGUGUAAUUUUGUAAGAAAACAAAGUGUAUUUUUAUGAGGAAAUAUAUUGAUGCACUCAGUGUGAACUCAGGCCUAAAAUUUUUGUAGGAAGUAUAGCAGUGUCAUCCAUUUGAUGGAAUAAAGAGAUGUAGAAAAUAGUCAGCAAAAAUACAUUUUCCUUUUUCCAUUUACAGUAGUUUGAAAAAGUAGAUCCCAAGCUAUAGAAUGGUUUAUAACCUGUCAAAAUUGAUCAACUUAUGAUCAUACUUCCUUUAAUCAGAGUUUUAGAGGGCUCCACAGGACAGGGGAAAAGAGGAAUUCAAGUUUGAGACUCAUUCUUGCAUGGGAUGUGUUGAAACUAACAACAGUCCAUGAAAGUAUAGCCUUUAAAGAAAUGCUGGUUUCUUGUUUUGGGUUUGAUUUUAUGGCUCCGUAUUUGCAUAUUAGGUAGAUGAAUUGUUACCUUUUUCCGAUGAGCUGAUUUUCCUAUAUUUUUAUUUUCUUAAUCCCAAAUUUAUAUUUUAAACUUCUUAAAGGAAUUCUUAUAAAUUUUAACUGGAUGGUCAUAAUAUAUUUCACCUACAUAAUAUUAUGAUUGAAAAAGUAACCCUCAUGGUUCUUUUGUCUCUUUUCACUAUUAGUUGGGUGUCAACAAUGAGGAAGAGAAAAUUGCAGUUGUAAAGUAACAUUUUGCAAAAAAUAUA